AUGAAAGGUGCUUAUAGACGGCUUUUCGCGACGGCAAUUCCGGCGUUUACGCUCCUGGUCCUGUUCGCCUUUGUGUUUUUUCUUCCGCAGGUUCAUGCUGACUGCAGCAUUUGGAGCAUUAAAGUGGAUCAGAUACAGAAUGGGUGGCUAAAUAAUGGGGAGAUGCCAAUAUACAGUGUGGCGGUGAGAAACAACUGUGACAUCCCCGGCGGCUGUCGGUUAGGGGACGUCCACUUGACCUGCGCCGAUUUCAAUCCAUCCUUUCUCAUCGAUCCAGAUAUCUUCCGCCACCUCAGCUCCCAUGACUGCCUCCUCAUGAACGGCGCCAACCUUACUCGCUCGGGCGUUGUAGCCUCCUUCGAAUAUGCCUACCCCAAGCUCUAUCCCAUAAACGUCUCCAGUGUCACGUGCUUUCCCCAGCAUCCUUAA